AGAAGUUCCUGCAGGCGUGCGUUCAUCUUCUGAGGACUUUUCUAGCAGUCGUGGACGCAGCUCCAGCCAUGUCUCAGACAAAGACUACGGGCUCUGCCUUCAUUCAGACGCAGCAGAUGCACGCUGCUAUGGCAGAAACCUUCCUGGAGCACCUGUGUCUGCUGGACAUCGACUCUGAACCUACAGUGUCUCGCAACACAGGCAUCGUCUGCACGCUCGGACCUGCCUCCCGAUCUGUGGAGAUCCUGAAGGAGAUGAUCAAGUCCGGCAUGAACGUUGCACGUUUGAACUUCUCCCACGGAACUCACGAGUAUCAUGCUGACACCAUCAAGAAUGUUCGUGAAGCCAUUGAGAGUUUUGGAGCUGGUAGCAUUGAGUACCGACCAGUGGCCAUUGCUCUGGAUACCAAAGGCCCUGAGAUCAGGACUGGACUUAUUAAGGGCAGUGGCACUGAGGAGAUCAAGCUUGUCAAGGGUAACAUAAUCAAGCUAACUCUGGAUGACAGCUUCAAGGACAACUGCGAUGACAAGAUUCUGUGGCUGGACUACAAGAACAUUACAAAGGUGGUGCAGCAGGGCAGCCAUAUUUACGUAGACGACGGUCUUAUUUCACUCAAAGUUAAGGAAAUUGGUUCUGAUUUCCUGAACUGCGAGAUUGAGAACGGAGGCAUGUUGGGCAGCAAGAAAGGUGUGAACCUGCCUGGGGCCAAAGUUGACCUGCCUGCAGUGUCUGAGAAGGACAUUCAGGACCUUCAGUUUGGUGUGGAGCAGGGUGUCGACAUGGUUUUUGCCUCCUUUAUCCGCAAAGCUGCUGACGUGCAUGCUGUCAGGAAGGUGCUUGGAGAGAAAGGCAAAGACAUCAAGAUCAUCAGCAAACUGGAGAACCAUGAGGGUGUGCGCAAGUAUGAUGAGAUCUUGGAGGCUAGCGAUGGUAUCAUGGUCGCCCGUGGAGAUCUGGGUAUUGAGAUCCCAACUGAGAAGGUGUUCCUGGCUCAAAAGAUGAUGAUUGGUCGCUGCAACAGGAUUGGCAAACCAAUCAUCUGCGCCACACAGAUGCUGGAGAGCAUGAUCAAGAAGCCCCGCCCCACCCGUGCCGAGAGCAGCGACGUGGCCAAUGCCGUGCUCGACGGUGCCGACUGUAUCAUGCUGAGCGGAGAGACCGCAAAGGGUGAAUACCCUCUAGAGUCUGUGCGCACGCAGCACCAGGUACUGUAUCCAUCAAGAGCGCCACCUUCUGGCUUUACCUGUCUGGUGCCUGAUAAGUGUACUAAUGCUAAUGUUAAUAAUGCACAGUAAGUUUAGCUUGCUAAG